UGAGAUAAACCCUAUAAAUGAGCUUAUAUGGGGAUGUACUCACGUUUUUAGGAUAGAAACAGGAGGAGCGAGCUCCUGAGUGGAGGACACACCUCUGUGCAUUUUGCUGUGAAGCCACAGCGUGUCACAGCCUGUGAGGAAGGACAUCCUCCUCCUAAUGAGCUGACAGAGACAGAACUGAAUCACAGCGAGGCUUUUAUCUCACAAAGGAUUUAAACUUCUCAGAAUGACAAGCACCAGUCUUUCCUUCCUGACUGAACCAACCACAAGCCCCGUAGAAGAAGAGAGCGCCGUGAGCAAUGACUACUCCACUACUGUGGGAGCCCUCAUCCUCAGCUUGGUCUUCCUCCUGGGACUUCCCGGCAACCUCUUCGUCAUCUGGAGCAUCAUGGGAUGCAUCCGAAAGCGCUCAGUCACCGCCAUACUGAUCCUGAACCUGGCGUGUGCAGACGGCUUCCUCAUGGCCCUCACCAUCUUCUUCAUCAUCUACCUGGGCAAGCGUACAUGGAUCUUUGGGAACGGCAUGUGCAAAAUCAUGUUCUACCUGUGCAACGCCAACAUGUACGCCUCCAUCUUUCUGAUCACGCUCAUGAGCAUGCACAGGAUGGUGGCUGUGGUUCAUCCCCACAAACUGCACAUGAUCACCAGAGCCAUCAUGAAGAGGGUGAUCCUGUGCAUGUGGGUGUUGGUCAUGGUGAUAUCCGUGCCCUCGCUGGUGUUUCGAGAUGUGAUCAUCAAACACGACAAGAUGAAUAAAACCGUUGACGUAUGCAUGCCCAAUCACACCAAACCUAGCCAUGCCAGGUUCCAGUAUACCUUAGAGACCGUCUCGGCAUUUAUUAUUCCGUACGCCAUCAUCAUCUUCUGCUACGUCCUCAUCCUGAGACGCCUGAGACAGACCCACUUUCACCACAAGGUCCGCAGCGAGAAACUCAUCCUCGCCAUUGUCACAACAUUUGGCAUCUUUUGGCUGCCAUACCACUUUAUUAAUAUGGUGGAGGUGACAGCUAAGUGGUAUCCACGAGAUUCAAAAACAAGAGCAAUAUUGGAUAAUAUCCACACGAGCAGUCGGGCGGUAACCUCAGCUUUGGCCUUCAUCAGCAGCUGUGCCAACCCCAUCCUCUACACCUUCGCCGGGAAGUCUUACAUCAAGAAGAACGGCUUCGCCUUCAUGGCGAAACUCUUCGAAGGAACAUCAUCGGAGCAACUGAGAAACACAAAAAGUCAAACAGAAAUCGAAUACAAUGGCAGACUGUAAAACAACUUAGCACGUUCAACACAGAACAAGAAGAAUGAGCCGAGUUAAAAAUGGACUCUUGAAAUUUGAAUGUGUAAAUCUGUUUGUGUAACAUUAUUGUGCAGAAUCCCAGCAGUAUUGUUUUAGAUGCAAGUCAGUGAAACAGAAACUUUUGUGCAUUUGCUUUUGUACUUUAAUCAAAUACAAAACAGAAAGCAUAGAAAUAUAUUCUUGAUGGGUUUAAAUUUAAGAAAUUUGUUUUAUUUAUUGUUUAAUCCCAGAAAUUAUAUCAGACAAGAUGCAGUCCGGAACUCUACACAGAAGUAUCAGAUUGAGCUUUAAAAAGAGCUAAACAUCCAUUAAAAUGGCUUCUUAAACAUUUUAAUUUCAUGUGAUGUGACAAUUCCUCUGUGCUAACCUGGCAAGCCAGACGAAAUAAAUAUAUUAUUUACUUACAAACUUUGUAAGGCAAGAAUUUGGUCUAGUUCACUAGGCUCCGUGCAGCACCUUGGGACCAAUGCCUUACAAGUUUAAACUAGUUACUUUGUGCAGCUUGUUUGAUCCUGUUUGAAUAGUUUGUCCCUUCUGACUUUUUUACAGUUUAAAGUUUCUUACAAAGUUCCUUUUUUAAUUUUUUUUUUCCAAAAUAAAAUGGUAUUUUACUUUUUUAUCCCUCUUCUAAACAUUUCCUAAAAACCACAACCCUUAACUUCAUAUCAUAUUGUGUUCUUAACCUUUUGUAUGGCACUCAUUGAAAUUGUUUUUGUUAGUGUUUUAUAACCAGUUUAUUUUCAUUGUAACAACUUUCAAUUUAUUUUUUUAUGCAGAAAACCACAGAAAAGUGAUCAAGUAUGGGCACUGGCCCUGUUCUGGUAAAAGAACUUUUUCACUUCCAAUACGACACUGCAGCUUUCCGUAUUGACUGAUACCGAUAGCAGCAUAAAUCAUAGAUACUUAUACCUAUUUUAUAUGUAUGACAGCCAGGAUUGUUCAAGUGAUAUUACUCAAAGAGCCAGCAACAGUAAGUAUGAAAAAAAAAACUGUUUUUAUAAACAGAUUGUGGAAUGUAAACCUUGAAUAUAAUGUAUAAUUUAAAAAAAUACUAUUAGAAGACUGAAAAAUAUUUUAAGUAAAUAGAUAUAUAUUUUAAGAGCAAAAUACUAAUUCAUGGUCACGUCAGUAGUUUUACUGUUAGCAAUUUGUAGGAACAGCUGAGGGCAGGGACAUAUGAAAAAAAAAUAAAUUUUGUCCAACUGCA